CCGGCGGCCGGCGAGGCCUGGGUCGAAGUUGGAGCCGCUGCCGCCGCCCUGCAGCUCACUCGCUGCCUUGGCAGCGCGCCGCUCUUCUAAAAUGGCUGCCGCUACCGGUGCUGUGGCAGCCUCGGCCGCCUCAGGUCAGGCAGAAGGUAAAAAGAUCACCGAUCUGCGGGUCAUCGAUCUCAAGUCCGAGCUGAAACGGCGGAACCUGGAUAUCACCGGAGUAAAGACCGUGCUCGUUUCCCGACUCAAGCAGGCUAUUGAAGAGGAAGGAGGCGAUCCAGAUAAUAUUGAAUUAACUGUUUCAACUGAUACUCCAAACAAGAAACCAACCAAAGGCAAAGGUAAAAAACAGGAAGCAGAUGAGUUGAGUGGAGAUGCUUCUGUGGAAGAUGAUGCUUUUGUCAAGGACUGUGAAUUGGAGAAUCAAGAGGCACAUGAACAAGAUGGAAAUGAUGAACUGAAGGACUCUGAAGAAUUUGGUGAAAAUGAAGAAGAAAAUGUGCAUUCCAAGGAGUUACUUUCUGCAGAAGAGAACAAGACUGCUCAUGAAUUAAUAGAGGCAGAAGCAGUAGAAGAUAUAGAAAAAGAGGACAUCGAAAGUCAGGAAAUUGAAGCUCAAGAAGGUGAAGAUGAUACCUUUCUAACAGCCCAAGAUGCUGAGGAAGAAGAAAAUGAGAAAGAUAUAGCAGGUUCUGGUGAUGGUACACAAGAAGUAUCUAAACCUCUUCCUUCAGAAGGGAACCUAGCUGAGGCUGAUCACACAGCUCAUGAAGAGAUGGAAGCUAAUGCGACUGUGAAAGAAGCUGAGGAUGACAACAUCUCGGUUACAAUCCAGGCUGAAGAUGCCAUCACUCUGGAUUUUGAUGGUGAUGACCUCCUAGAAACAGGUAAAAAUGUGAAAAUUACAGAUUCUGAAGCAAGUAAGCCAAAAGAUGGGCAGGACGUCAUUGCACAGAGCCCGGAGAAGGAAAGCAAGGAUUAUGAGAUGAAUGCGAACCAUAAAGAUGGUAAGAAGGAAGACUGCGUGAAGGGUGAUCCUGUCGAGAAGGAAGCCAGAGAAGGUUCUAAGAAAGCAGAAUCUGGAGACAAAGAAAAGGAUACUUUGAAGAAAGGGCCCUCGUCUACUGGGGCCUCUGGUCAAGCAAAGAGCUCUUCAAAGGAAUCUAAAGACAGCAAGACAUCAUCCAAAGAUGACAAAGGAAGUACAAUUAGUGCUAGUGGUAGCAGUGGAAGCUCAACUAAAAAUAUCUGGGUUAGUGGACUUUCUUCUAAUACCAAAGCUGCUGAUUUGAAGAACCUCUUUGGCAAAUAUGGAAAGGUUCUGAGUGCAAAAGUAGUCACAAAUGCUCGAAGUCCUGGGGCCAAGUGCUAUGGCAUUGUAACUAUGUCUUCAAGCACAGAGGUGUCGAGAUGUAUUGCACAUCUUCAUCGCACUGAGCUGCAUGGACAGCUAAUUUCUGUUGAAAAAGUUAAAGGUGAUCCUUCUAAGAAAGAAUUAAAGAAAGAAAUUGAUGAAAAGAGUAGUUCAAGAAGUUCUGGAGACAAAAAAAAUAUGAGUGAUAGAAGUAGCAAGACACAAGCCUCAGUCAAAAAAGAAGAGAAAAGGUUGUCUGAGAAAACUGAAAAAAAAGAAGGCAAGGAUACUAAGAAACUAGAAGGUAAAGAUGAGAAGAAUGAUAAUGGAUCAAGUGGCCAGACUUCAGAAUCGAUUAAAAAAAGUGAAGAAAAGAAACGAAUAAGUUCAAAGAGUCCAGGACACAUGGUAAUACUAGACCAAACUAAAGGCGAUCAUUGUAGGCCAUCAAGAAGAGGAAGAUACGAGAAAAUUCAUGGAAGAAGCAUGGAAAAGGAGAGGGCUAGCUUAGACAAAAAAAGGGACAAAGACUACAGGAGGAAAGACAUCUUGCCUUUUGAAAAGAUGAAGGAACAAAGGUUGAGAGAACAUUUAGUUCGUUUUGAAAGAUUGCGGCGAGCAAUGGAACUUCGAAGACGAAGAGAGAUUGCAGAAAGAGAGCGUCGAGAGCGAGAACGCAUUAGAAUAAUUCGUGAACGGGAAGAACGGGAACGCUUACAGAGAGAGAGAGAGCGCCUAGAAAUUGAAAGGCAAAAACUAGAGAGAGAGAGAAUGGAACGCGAACGCUUGGAAAGGGAACGCAUUCGUAUUGAACAGGAACGUCGUAAGGAAGCUGAACGUAUUGCUCGAGAACGAGAGGAACUGAGAAGGCAACAGCAGCAGCUUCGUUAUGAACAAGAAAAAAGGAAUUCUUUGAAACGCCCACGUGAUGUAGAUCAUAGGCGGGAUGAUCCUUACUGGAGCGAGAAUAAAAAGUUGUCUCUAGAUACAGAUGCACGAUUCAGCCAUGGAUCUGACUACUCUCGGCAACAGAAUAGAUUUAAUGACUUUGACCACCGAGAGAGGGGCAGGUUUCCUGAGAGUUCAUCAAUUCAGUCUUCAUCUUUUGAUAGGAGAGAACGUUUUGUUGGUCAAAGUGAAGGGAAAAAACCACGUCCUUCUGCACGAAGAGAAGAUCUAGGUUUUGAAAGGUAUCCCAAAAAUUUCAGUGAUUCCAGAAGAAAUGAGCCUCCACCACCGAGAAACGAACUUCGAGAAACAGACAGGCGAGAAGUACGAGGAGAACGAGAUGAGAGGAGAACAGUGAUCAUUCAUGACAGACCUGAUACCACCCACCCUAGACAUCCUCGAGAAGGAGGGCCUAAUCCAUCUAGACCAACCUCCUGGAAGGCUGAAGGAGGCAUGUCCACCGACAAACGGGAAACGAGAGUUGAAAGGCCAGAACGAUCUGGGAGAGAAGUAUCAGGGCACAGUGUAAGAGGGGCUCCUCCUGGGACUCGAAGUAAUGCUUCCGGCUAUGGAAACAGGGAGGGAGACAGAGGAGUAAUCACUGACCGAGGAAGUGGAGCACAGCACUAUCCUGAAGAACGACAUGUAGUUGAACGCCAUGGACGGGACACAAGUGGACCAAGGAAAGAAUGGCAUGGUCCACCUUCUCAAGGGCCUGGCUAUCAUGAUACAAGGCGAAUGGGUGAUGGCCGGACAGGAGCAGGCAUGAUAACGCAACAUACGAGCAAUGCAUCCCCAAUUAAUAGAAUUGUACAAAUCAGUGGCAAUUCCAUGCCAAGAGGAAGUGGCUCCGGAUUUAAGCCAUUUAAGGGUGGACCUCCACGACGAUUCUGAAAAUUACUUGCUGCCAUGGUUUCAAGAUAAUUUAUUGAAAUCUCCUGUAAACUUUACUUGACUACUUAUGAAGAGGACCUCUGACUUGCUUGAGAGUUGUCAGACUUUUCCUUUUUCUCUUUUUUUAAAAUUUAACAUGAUUGCUUUUCUCAAUUUUGGAGAAGAUGUUUAAAUAGUUCCGUUGUAACUUUUAAUAGUUUUGUGUAUCAUUCAACUUUUUUUCUUGCAGCACCAAGACACAUUGGAAAGGAUAGGAAUCAAAACCAUUUUGUUUAACGCUGUGUGAAUAUAAAGAGUAGUUUGCAGGUGUGUGGUAGUGGUUUAAUUUGCAGCAUUAGCUCUGUGGUGUCAGGCUCUAGAGUUACUUCUUAUCACCAAGAAUUUUCGGCCUCCAUUUUGAAGGCUGUUUAAGCUUAAGAAGUCUGCUGUUUAAUUUUUAGAAAAUAAGAUUGUUCCUUGCAUUUCUGAGUAUUAUGUAACCUAUUUUUGCAGAAGGUACUGUUACAUUAAGUGCAUCUGUGUAUCCUGGUUUUAAGAAAUGUACUCUUUUUUGAAAUAAACCUUCAUAUUCUGUAUAGUUGCUAAA